GGGAUAUAGGACGGGCAUCACACGGAGGUUGGGCUGCAGACUGGUCCGGAUCCUUCCACCGCUUCGGUCGCUCCAGACGCAUCAGGUGCAGCAUCAGGACUGAGGAAGAGGACGAGGAAGAUCUCCGGCCCGGUGGCUACAUGCUCAGCUCUCCACGGCUCUGAGAACAACAACUGAACCAAUCAGCUGCAACCAUGGAUUUUGUGAUGAAGCAAGCUUUAGGUGGCGCCACUAAAGACAUGGGCAAGAUGCUGGGUGGGGAGGAGAAGGAGGACCCGGACGCAUCCAAGAAGGAGGAGGAGCGUCAGGAGGCGCUGAGGCAGCAGGAGGACGAGAGGAAGGCCAAGCACUCCCGCAUGGAGGCAGAGAGGGAGAAGGUUCGGCAGACCAUCAGGGACAAGUAUGGGCUGAAGAAGAAGGAGGAGAAGGAGGCGGAGGAGAAGGCAGCGAUGGAGCAGGCGUGCGAGGGCUCCCUGACCCGUCCGAAGAAGGCCAUCCCCAGAGGCUGUGGAGACGACGAUGAGGAAGAGGAGGAGAGCAUCCUGGACACCGUGCUCAAGUAUCUCCCCGGACCUCUACAGGACAUGUUCAAGAAGUAAAGACCCAGAGAGAAACCAGUCAAACCAGCCCUGAAUUCAGGGCCCAGUCUGGCCCGGGCUGUGGGGCAGCGGGAGGAGGGGGAUCUUUGUGUCGGGGACUUUGGGAUGAAGGGAUGAAGGUUGACGAGUGGCUGGGGGACUCGACCUGACGGGGGUGUUUGUA